AUGAAGACGACUACUCUUGUUGCUGCGCUUCUGCCUCUGGUGCUGGCGGCGCCGAAUACCAAGCGCUCGUCUGGGUUUGUCUGGUUCGGUGCCAAUGAGUCUGGCGCUGAGUUUGGCGAGAGCAAUCUCCCUGGCAUCCUCGGCAAAGACUACAUCUGGCCCAGUGCGUCGACCAUCCGGACGCUGCACGAUGGUGGCAUGAACGUCUUCCGUGUAGCCUUCCGCAUGGAGCGAUUGAUCCCGAACAAGAUGACUGGGUCUCCGGAUGGCACCUACAUGAAUGAUCUGAGAUCGACCGUUGAAGCAAUCACCAGCUUGGGAGCAUAUGCUGUGAUUGACCCCCAUAACUACGGAAGAUACUAUGGCAACAUCAUCACGUCGACCGACGACUUUGCCGCGUUCUGGAAGACCCUGGCAUCCGAGUUCGCGUCCAACGACCAUGUCAUCUUCGACACCAACAACGAGUACAACACGAUGGACCAGACCCUCGUCCUCAACCUCAACCAGGCCGCCAUAAACGCCAUCCGUGCUUCCGGUGCCACCUCGCAGUAUAUCUUCGUCGAGGGCAACUCGUGGUCCGGCGCCUGGACCUGGACCGACAUCAACGACAACAUGAAGGCCCUCACCGAUCCCCAGGAUAAGAUCGUGUACGAGAUGCACCAGUACCUCGACUCCGACGGCUCCGGCACCUCGCCCAGCUGCGUGAGCUCGACCAUCGGCAAGGAGCGCAUGGUGGCUGCUACCCAGUGGCUCAAGGAUAACAACAAGAAGGGCUUCCUGGGCGAGUUUGCCGGCGGGCCCAACGAUGUCUGCAAGAGCGCCGUCACGGGCAUGCUGGACUACAUGUCGCUCAACACGGAUGUCUGGAUGGGCGCCGAGUGGUGGGCUGCCGGCCCCUGGUGGGCAGACUACAUGUUCAGCAUGGAGCCGCCAUCCGGCACUGGCUACCAGAACUAUUUCAAUCUGCUGAAGCCUUACUUCUCUACCUCCUCCUCCUCCCCCUCCCCCUCCACCACCACCACUACCAAGGCGACUACCACCACUACCACUGCCGCGGGUCCUACCGGCACCGGGGUCGCCCAGCCCUGGGCUCAGUGCGGCGGUAGUGGCUACAGCGGUCCGACACAGUGCGCGGCGCCGUACACUUGCACGAAGCAGAAUGACUGGUACUCGCAGUGCCUGUAG